AUGCUCUUCUCCGGUUUGUUUGCAGCGUCGCUUGCGGCGCUGGCCCAGCUGGCCUCUGCCGCCAAUUUCUCGAAUCCUCUUAGGGAGACGGACGGGAGCGACCCGCAGAUCGUGUGGUACGAUGGAUACUACUAUCUCAUGACGACGACGUGGACGGACGUCCAGCUCACCAGGGCCACGACGCUCGAGGGUCUGAAGACUGGGGAGAGGAAGACGAUCUGGGUUGACAGUGAUCCGUCGAGAUGCUGCAGUGUUUGGGCUCCUGAAAUCCAUGAGCUUGAUGGGACUUGGUACAUCUACUACUCUGCCGGAUCUGCGGAGAACCUGGACCUCCAACGCCCUCAUGUCCUGGAAGGCGGUGCUCACCCCUGGGACGAUGAUUACACCUGGGUCGCCACUCUCACCGAUACGUGGGGCAUCGACGGCACGGUCGCCACGAUCGAGGGCUCUCGUUACUUCGUCUGGUCCUGCUUCGAGAACACCGACAUCCAGUCCCUCUGCAUCGCGCCCAUGACCUCGCCCACCGCCCUCGGCGACACCGUCCUCCUCUCGCAGCCUCUCGAAGACUGGGAACGCGUCGACACCCCCGUCAACGAAGGCCCGUACCUCCUCCGAAACCCCACCACCGGAACCUACUACCUCACCUACGCCGCCUCGUACUGCUGGACGACGUCCUACCAGCUCGGCCUGCUCACCCUCACGUCGACCGCCACCCCGCUCGACCCCGCGUCCUGGACCAAAUCCGGGCCCGUCUUCUCCUCGGCCAACGGCAACCUCGGCACCGCGCACAACGCCUUCUUCACCUCGCCCGACGGCACCGAGAUCUGGAACGUCUACCACGCCACGAACAUCCCGACCGGCGCCUGCAACGGGAGCAGGUAUACCAUGGUCGACCGGGUGGAGUGGAAUGCGGAUGGGAGCCCGGACUUUGGCGUGCCGAGCCCGGUUGGGGAGGUCAUGGCGGGACCGGCGGGGGAGCCGGAUGCGUGA